AUGUGUGUGAGACUUAUCGCAUGAGUCACUCGAUGUGGAGCUCAAUAUUCUCUGUUAUUUCUUUUUGUUGCAUUAACUUUUGUGUGUUUGAGACGUUUAGAUCUUAGAAAAGAUCUUUGUUAUACGUAAUAUUAUUAUUUUGGUGCUGAAUGUGAUUUAUUUUAAGUCGUUGAUCUCAAAAAGACAUUCUUAAAGUGCUUAAAAUUGUGAAAUUAGACUAAAAAAUAUUAAAAGUUGCAGAAAAUUCAGAAAAUUAUCUAAGAAUUUCGCAAGAUUCAAUAAAAAUACAGAAAGUGCUAAAAAGUUCAGGAACAAUAAGUUUCUAAAAAUUAAAAAAAAAAUAUUCAAAACAUUCCAAAAAUUAAGAAACUUUGCAAAAACUAUCAAAAAUCAUCAAAAAGUCACUAAAUUGUGAUCAAGCUAGAUUGACCUAAAUUCAAAAGCAAUUAAAAUCUAUCUACACAAUAAACCCACAGAACUGCCAGUAUUUCCUCAAGACAACUCAUCAAAACUUUAGUCACACCUCUUCAAACAUCCCAAAAUCUACAAAGCAACCUAAUUCCUAAAGCUACAACUACAAAGUAAGUCAAAGCCAUCAAGAACAAAAUCUUCAUCAUGUCAGACAACCAUGGCAUGAAGAACCUCGUUCUAACCAUCAACAAGCUCCAAGAAAAUUUCAAAAAUCUCAAUGUUCACAUGGACAUUGAUCUGCCGCAAAUUGCUGUUGUUGGAAUUCAAUCGUCUGGAAAAUCGUCUGUUCUAGAGAAGUUUAUUGGCAGAGACUUCCUCCCAAGAGGCUCAGGAAUUGUCACUCGACGUCCCUUAAUUCUACAGCUCAUAACCCACACCGAUGAAUAUGCCAAAUUUGAUCAUACUGAAGAAGUCUUUCGUAACUUUGAGAAAGUCCAAAAGGAAAUAACUCAAGAGACUGAUCGAGUUGUUGGAACUAACAAGGGAGUAUCGAACAUUCCAAUCGUAUUGAAGGUCUUCUCACCUAAUGUCCUCAACUUAACCCUAAUCGACCUUCCUGGCAUGACAAAAGUCCCAAUUGGUGACCAGCCACAAGACAUUGAACAUCGAAUCCGCUCCAUGAUCCUUGAAUUUAUCAAAAAAGAGACAUGCUUAAUAUUAGCAGUCACACCAGCAACAAUGGAUCUCGCCAACUCAGAAGCACUUAAAUUAGCUAGAGAAGUAGAUCCAAAUGGCAACAGAACCAUCGGUGUUAUUACAAAACUAGAUCUGAUGGACAAAGGAACUGACGCAGUUGAAGUUCUUGAAAAUCGUCAAUUUCCAUUAAAACGAGGUUAUGUUGGUGUCGUUAAUCGUUCACAAAAAGAUAUCGAUGACAAAAAGGACAUCAAAAUUGCUGCAAAAGCUGAAUUGGAAUUUUUCAAGACUCAUCCAUCUUAUCGACAUUUAGCAGACCGAAUGGGAACUGAUUAUCUACAAAGGGUGUUGAAUAAGCAAUUGAGUGAGCAUAUUUUGCAGAAUUUGCCAGCAUUAAGAGAAAAGUUAAGGAAGCAGCACAAUGCAUUGGAAAAUGAAUUUAAGACGACUGAAGUGACAUCGAAUGUUAGACUGCUGAAUGAGAUUAUUUCAAAGUUUAAAUUGGACUUUCGUGGUGAGCUUGAUGGCUAUGGAGGUUCGAUUACCAAAUCAGAUGCACUUACUAGUGGAACAGAGAUUAAUCGGAUUUAUAAUGAAGAACUCCGCAACGAAGACUUCAACUUAAACUUCGACGAAGAUUCGUUCCGUGAAGAAGUAGCAAUCACAAUCCGCAACACAAAUGGAAUGUACAGUAACAUUUUCAUCCCAGAAAAAGCAUUCGAUAAGGUCGUCGUGACAUUUAUUAAUAAAAUGAAAGAACCGUGUCAAAAAUAUGUCACAAAAAUUAGCUCAAUCCUUCAAAACAACAUGAUUAGUCACACAGAAAAGCUCUCAAGGCAUCCGGAACUGCGCGAAGAAUUGAGGAAAUUAAUAAUUUCUCACAUUCUCGAGCGUGAAGCUUUGUGUAAGGAACGAAUGAUUGAAAUGAUUGACGAGGAAAUGUCUUAUAUUAAUAAAUUGCAUGACGACUUUAAAUUGAUUGAAGAAAAAGAAGAGCAAGUUGAAAGUACAGGCGACGAGAUUGAGAGAAAGUUUACACAUAUUGGAUUUUUAUACUUGACUACUGGAAGAUUGAGUCGAGCAGAAAAAUUUUGGUUUGUUUUGACAACAAACAGCCUGUCGUGGUACAAAGAUGACACUGAAAGAGAAGUUGAAGGCUUUGUGCUACUUGGGAACUUGAAAGUGACUGAUCAUAAGGGUUUGAACUUUAGGCUUAUUGAUAAUGAUGGAAAGAAUGUUUAUAAGGACAUUAGCACAUUAAGAAUCACAUGCAAAUCACCAGAUGAAGCUAGAGAAUGGGUUGAUAUGUUGCAAUCAGUUGGUGUCGGUUCCUUCAAGAAUUCAACAAUGAGACUGAAUGGAAAUUCUCCUGAAUCGAGUCUUUGGCAUGUGCCAGGAGUUAUGGAACCAACAAAAGAGGUAGAAAAGAAAGGAUUGAAGAAGGUAACAAAUCUACUAAAACCUAAACACAACUUUUCAAACAAUAAAACCUCAAAGAAUACGAGAGUCGACCAGCAAGUAGAAGUAAUCAAGAACUUAGUCAUCAAUUAUCUCGAAAUUGUGGUGAAAAAUACAAAAGAUAGAAUUCCAAAAAUGAUAACAUGGCUUCUUAUCACAAAUGUGCUUAACUACAUGGAUCACAACUUAGUUGCACAUUUCUAUGAAAAUGAGCUUGUGGACUAUGUGAUGCAAAAGUCGCAACUUGAGCAGCAGAGAAUCGAAAAACUACAUAAUAUGUACAAGGCAUGCAAAGAGGCUCUUAAAAUCAUCGAUAGUGUCUAUGGAAACAUGACGAAGCUUACUAAUGAUGUUAAGUAACGUCGCUUAAAAUGUUUAUUAAACCUUUUUUUUCAAAUAAAAAUAAUUAAAAUUAAUCAACAAAAAAAACAUUUUUAAAAAAUUA